AGGCAUGGAGGCUAUUUGGGCAACGGGCCCCCUCGCUCCCCCAUAUUCAAGGAGGCACCUACGAUGCAGAACCUGGAGAGGCGACUGCACACAUUCAGUAUGUUCGGGAUGCCGCGCCUGCCCCCCGAGGACCGGCGACACUGGGAGAUCGGAGAGGGCGGCGACAGUGGCCUCAACAUCGAGAAGUCCUGGAAGGAGAUAGUGCCGGAACACAAGGACAUGAGCCGGGACCUUUGCCACCAACAGGAGGCCCUGUGGGAGCUGCUGACCACCGAGCUCAUCUAUGUGCGGAAGCUCAAGAUCAUAACCGAUCUCCUAGUCAACGGUCUGCUGAAUCUCCAGCGAGUGGGCGUGCUGACAGACGUGUCAGCUGAGACCCUUUUCGGAAUCGUCCCCAGGUUGAUUCGAGCCCAUCGGAGCUUCUGGGAUGAAGUGCUGGGUCCCAUGCUUGAGGAGACUCGAGCCUUGGGCCGGCCCCUAGACCCCAUGCGCCUGCAGGAUGGGUUCCUGACGUUCAGCGAGCGCUUUCAACCCUACGUGCUUUACUGCCUGCAAGUGAAGCAGACCAUGGCUUACGCCCGGGAGCAGCAAGACAGCAACCCGUGCUUCCAUACCUUCGUGCAGUGGUGUGAGAAGCACAAGCUGUCAGGGAGGCAGAUGCUGGGCGAUCUCCUCAUCAAGCCCCACCAACGCAUCACCAAGUACCCUCUGCUGCUCCAGGCGGUGCUCAAGAAGACCCCUGACCCCCACACCCGCGAGACCCUGACCACCAUGAUCUCAUCUGUGGAGUCCUUCCUGCACCACAUCAACCAGCAGAUCCGCCAGGGCGAAGAGCAGGAGAGCUUGGCAGCGGCCGCCCUACGCAUCGGGCCCUACGAGGUGCUGGAACCUUCUAGCGAGGAGGUGGAGAAGAACCUGCGUCCCUACUCCAAGCUGGACCUGCAGAUUCCCAUGAUGGGCGUGGCUCCAGAGAACACCAGGCAGCUGCUGCUGGAGGGGCCUGUGCGGUUGAAGGAGGGCCGGGAAGGGAAGCUGGACGCCUACUUGUUCCUCUUCUCGGAUGCGCUCCUGGUGACCAAGCCCCAGCGCAAGGCCGACAAAGCCAAGGUCAUCCGCCCGCCCUACAUGCUGGAGAAGCUGGUGUGCCGAACCCUCCGAGACCCGAACAGCUUUCUGGUCAUCUACCUGACUGACUUCCAGUGCGUGUCCACCGCGUUCACUGUGCACUGCGCCAGCGCUGCCGACUGCUUGCAGUGGCUGCAGAAGAUGCAGCAGGCCCAGACCUCCUUGCAAAAGCUGAAGACAGACGAGUACGUCCGGCAGAAGCGGGGGCUCCUGGCCCUUUACCGGGACCAUGAGCAGGAGUCGCCGGGCACCAGGCCCUCCACGCCCUCCCUGGACAGCUCCCAGAACAGUGUGGACAGCAGGUCCCCCGAGUUCUUGACCAUCAUCCCCAACCUGGUGGUGACGGAAAACACAGAUGAAGAUGGUCCCUUGGGUCACGACGACACCUCGGACUCCGGCUAUGGCACUCUCGUCCCAGAUUCCCCCCAAAUACUCCGCCAGCCCCUGAGCCGCCGGCGCCCCCUAGCCAUGCGGCGGGACCCUCGCCUCAGUUUCUCCACCAUGGACCUCCGAGACGUCCCCCUGCGCCCGCUGCCCCCGGACUCCCAAGCGCCCCAACGCCGAAGUGCCCCGGACCUGCCAGAGGAUAAUCUCCUCCCCCGAGGAGGCAGCCUUCCCCGGGGGCUCAUCCCCUCCUGGGCCGAGGACAAGGACCACCGGGGGACCCCGGGCCGAGGGGACGUGGUGAUGCAGACAUUGCAUCGAGCCCUGGUCCGUGGCCAGCUUCCCGCGUCACCCAGCCACACAGACUCCGCCGGGGACAGCCCCUGGGAGCUGUCGGGGGAGGAGGAAGAGGAGGAGGAGGAGGAGGAGGAGGAGGAGGAGGAGGAGGAGGAGGAGGAGGAGGAAGAGGGGGCGCUCCUGCCUACCCACCCCCGGCCCCUGCAGAGAGAGGACAUUCUCCGGGAGAUCCGAGAGGAACUGGCCCGGCAGAGGAUCGAUGGCCUCCCGGAGCCCAGGGGCGGCCAACCCCGCAAACUGACACGGGCUCAGCUGCACAGGAUGCGGGGGCCCCAGGUCAUACAGCUGGACACGCCGCUGUCCACCUCGGAGGUGUGAGGGGAUGAGAGCCCCACCCCAGGAGUGCUGGUCACUACCCACCCCCUCUGGACUCUACCUCAAGGACCACAUGUCCCUCAGAAGCCUGCUCCGGGCACCUUGCUCAAAGGAAUCGGGGGACCCAGGAUUCUUCAUUCUCCUACCCAGGACGCCCAAAGCCCG